ACUUUGCAUUUUCAGCAUGAGCAGCACCAAGGCCAUGGCGUUGGCGUCGACUUCGAUCUGGUGGAAGGUGGGCGCGGUCUCGGGCGCGACGGCGGUCCUCCUCGGCGCAUUCGGUGCCCAUGGCCUCAAGAGCCGCGUCUCGGACCCGAAGCUCCUCAAGACGUGGGACACGGGCGCCCACUACCACUUGGUGCACUCGCUUGCGCUCCUUGCCGUGCCGUUUUCGCGUCGCCCCAACCUCGCGGGCGGCCUCAUCUCGACCGGCAUCGUCUUCUUCUCGGGCAGCCUCUAUGCCAUCGUGCUCACGGACCACAAGAGCCUUGGCAUGAUCACGCCCAUGGGUGGUCUCAUGUUUGUCGCUGGCUGGCUCUCGUUGCUGCUUUAAGGAGCGGUUAUACGUAUCCAGCCUCCCUUUCAGCAACUCUACACGUAUGGCGUUAAAGCACUGCCCAAGUCAUCCACUGUUUGUUUCGCGAGGCGAUCGCUCUCUGGCAUGUGGGAGCUUAAAGACGCUACACGCAGGAAUUGAAGCAAAAACGACUAGGUUCCCAUAUCUAGUUUCAGCCGCUGGAGUCG